GUCGCGACGCUCGCUCGCGUUGCGUCCGCGCCCGCGCCCGUGCUCGACCGUUCUACCACAAGACUAUAUUUUUUUUACCGCGUAAAUGCGCGAAAUUCGAACUUACAAGUGAAAGACUAAUAAGUAAGAUGUUUUGAACUCGAGUAUCAGUGCAGUUAAUCAACGUAUCAGUGUAGUUACCAGGAGGUCCGCUGAAAGUUUUCUCGGCAAGGGGAAGUGCAGGGAUUGAGGAUACGUGCCUGAAAGCGGUGAUUGAAACCGCGCGGGCGCGCGUGUUGCACGCGGCAUGGCGACCGACGCGGUCGGCGAGGAGUUCAUCACCAUCGUGCCGGUGGGCGAGAGCCGGCCGCCCCCGCGCGACCCCGCCUUCGUCACCGUGCUCACGGUGGGCGCCGCCGCUGGCGCGGCUGAGGUGGUUGUGCGCAGACCGCGAGGAGCGCGCCUCGGACUCGGACUCAAAUUCGAAGGUGGUUCAGCCGCUGCUGAAAAAGUGAGAAGACUUCUCGUACAAUCAUGUGCUGAAGGUAGCCCAGCAGCGAAUGCUCUUACGCCCUGGGGUAAACUCAUACCCGGUGAUGAAAUAUUGGCUAUCGAUGGAGUUUCAGUUUCUGACUUAACUAGAAUAGAUUGUGUCCGGCGUUUAAAAGAUUCCGAUGAGGCUCUUACCCUCUUAGUUCGUCACUUUAAUACAGAGGAUAAGACAGAAGAAAACGAAAUGGAUGUCACGGAUAAUGUAGUUGCAACGAAACCGACAGAAGUUACGAGACCAAUGACAUUACCACCACCAGUUCCACCGAGAAAGUUGGGCAAGAAAAAUUCCUUUAAAGAUAAAUCGAUACUUCAAACUGUUGGAGAACAAAAUGCCGUUGCUAAUACUGAUGGAAUCAAUAGCAAAGACAAUGGAGUAAAUGGUCAACACAAUGGACUUUCAACAUUUACAAAACUGUCAAGAAAAUCUUCGUUUGAUAGCCAUAUUCAUCGACAGAAUAAAGAGGGGAUUGCUUAUCUUAAAAAAGGUUCGCCUGAAGAAGUGAGACGUUUAGUGCGUCGUUUAUCAGACGGUAAAGGAAUGCCCCCUGAAGCCGAAGUGUAUAUAGAUUUGCUAUCUAAUGAAUGGGAACGCUGUCUUCUACUUGCCGACGCAGAGUCCGAUGACACGGGCAGCUCUAUUUCUACUGUCGUAGACAGACUGGGAUCGAUGGCUAGUUCAGUUGAAAAUAGUAUCCCUUCAACACCAAUAAUGCAACCUAAAACUAUUGACAUACAAAAGGUACUGAACUGUAUUGAAAAUAUUGACACUAAUAUUCUUAAAGAUAUGACAAGCAACAAUUUCUUGGACAAACAAAAAGAGGUGAUAAACGAGAGCAAAAUGGAAAAAGUGGCUACGACUAAUGGGUUUAAUAAUCAUGAAAAUAUAAAUCCUGUGGACCCGCAACUGGCUAAGAAACUACACCAGAAUGAUAAAAAUAAUAACAACGUCCAAAAUAGUAUUGUAGAGUUUAACAUGACGACAACUGAAAGAGUUGAUACAAAACAAGAUACUGUGAUUGAAAAACCUAAGCCAAUGCCGAGGACCACGAAGGUGGAACGUUCACAAAGCGAACGUAAACCAAGACCUAUUCCUGUACCUGAGACUCCUCCACCGCCAGUGCCGGAGCCACUUUUGACUCCAACGAAGAAGAACUGUAUUGAAACAUGGCUGCAAAGGUCGGAAGCCGAGAUGAAUAACAAAACUAUUGAGAAGUUGGAGGACCCGCCUGUGCCGGAGGCGUUGCCGAGGCUGAUUGACUUUGUGCCUAAACCUCAAUUUAAAGAGUGUGGAAGUGAGACUCCGUUACAGCGGCCUACCACUGCGCCGCCUCCGCCUCCCGUGGAGACCAGGGAAGACGGCUCUGGAGCCUCUCUGGACACCAUCGGAGAACUCGACGAGAGUAGCGACGUGACUGAUAAUGCGAAACCCAUUGGCAUUACGAACGAGGCAGCCGAGCGGAAGACGUCCUUCGAAGGGAGCUUUUGGGAAGAUCGCGUCAUCAAAAGCGAUGCAGAAGAUAAAAGCCUUUCGAACGACGAGAUUCCUCUUCCUACGUGUCCCCGUCAGCCUCCUGACGGUGUAGAGACCCCUUCGGAUGCCGUGGAGAAGAUCCCUGAUCCACCAUCCCGGCUUCCACCACGGCUCCCCGCAGGCUGGCCUAAUACAAGAACACGAUUCUCAUAUACUUCAAGAACGCAGGAUGCGAGGAGUAAAGCGAGCGUUAAAGACAAGAUAGCAAUGUUUUCAAAUGACACCACUCCUCCUGAUAGGAUAGAAAAAUGUGGAACUUUACCUGUCAGAAACUCUUCAACCAGUACAAGAAAAAACACUUCGUCUUACCCUACAAGUUAUUCUGAUAUAUCUUCUUUAGAUAGACGUCUGACUAAAUCACAAGACAAUUUAGAUGAAGCGCCUCGACCUUAUAAAAGACACAUGGAUAGACCAGAAGUUCUGGGAUCUCUAGAAAGCACAACCUCUAAUUCAAGUGUGAAGAGUAAUAGAUCUCUACACGAAUGUAAACCAUUGUUUUAUGGAAGCACAACUACAUUGCCUUCGAGUAUGGACACAUCAUUUGCACAGCCUGUUGUUUAUCAUCACACAAGGAGUGUUAGUGAUGAUAACGGUAAUAAAAAUGUCCACAAAUCUAACCUCGAGUAUCUCAUUGAACAACGGAAAAAGUCUAUGUCCAAAUUAAGAGGCUUAGUUAUUCCAGAGAUUCAAGGACCUAUAGUGGAUUUACCUGAAAUUAAAGUCCAGGAUUCGAUUGCAAAAUCUUUCCUACUAAAGUCAAAUCAAAACAAUAUCAAGAGUAAAGAACAUAAAACAAAUAAUAUUAAACCAGUUAUUAUGAACGACUCGAAGUGGAAAGUAAAUCUUUUACCAAAUAAUUUACCUAAAUAUUCUCCAGCAUUUAAACGAAAAUCUCUACAGGUUUAUACUCCUAGUUCUUUGUCCAAAGAAUCAACGCCGGAAAGGAAAUUCAAUGAAAAAGUAGAAACUCUUAGUAAAAUAAAUAUGUCAACUCUGUCAAAACCCUUACUGGAUUACAAAAGCAGAACAGACAGGACUUCUACGUUACCUGUAAAUUUUCCUAAUACUACGAUAUCGGGGUCCAAACUGAGUAGUAAGGACUACAAGGAUAUAUUGAAUGAUUAUAAAAAUGUAGAAAUUAAGAUUUGUACAGCAACUGAAGUUGUGGACAGUGAUAACGAUUCUGCCAUGAGUUCAACACAAUCGAGUUACCGUUCAUCAGCUUCAUCACCGAUGCAUAAUAUAGACACGGUAGAAUCUGAUAGUUCUCGACUAUCACCCAGAAUUUCUCACUAUGCCACAUAUUCAUUGGUUAAAACCGAGAUUCCUGCAAAAUCAUCCGUGAUAGAAAAAAGUUGUGAAGAGUAUGUAAAACGCAAUGUAUGUCGAUCAGUAUCUUCGGACACAAACGCGUCGCUCAGUUCUUCGGCAGGCUCGGCAGCUACAUCAGGUUCGCAAGCGAGUUGUAGCUCACUUGAAAGCUCUGUCGCUGACUCCGAUAAAAGAAAAGUUUCAAAAACGUAUAACAUCGAUACGAUAAACAGACGAAACAUUUUAGCUUCAGCUAAAUGCAGAAGCGGUAGAGACGAGAAGCUGAAUUCACCCGUCAUUGAAACUAAAUUCUCCCACGAGUCGUACGACAGGUCUCCGAGCCCAACUUCUAAAGCGUCUGAUCGUCUUUCUACACUCACGUCCUCAGUGAGUGCUGUAUCGAAUAAAGGCGAAAACAGACGGCGUAAUAAAAUAAUUGCCGAAACUGAUUCCGAUAGUGAUAGCGAUUUGAAUGUCCGACAAAGGAAGACUGACUUUAAAAAUACGAGAUUGAAACGAAACACGAGUUCAUCUAAAACCAAACAAAAUGAAAUUAAACCAGAAUCUCCCAAAGCUGAAGAUGCACCCAAAGUGAUUUCUGACAAAAUAAUUAAGGAAAUCAAAAAAGCAGGCCUGGACAAUUAUAAUGGCAAUAUAAAUAAACCACAAAUGGCUACAACUGCAGACAAAAAUAGAAAUGAAAUCAAAAAGUUUGAUAACAAAAUUAACAAUAAAGAGAAGAAAGAUGAAAAGACUGCUAUUCCACAGCUCAAGAAAGAAACUGCUAUGUCUCAUAUUAGGAGCAUAGAUAUUGUUGACAGUAUUAAUAAGAAAGCUGCACCAAGCAUAAUUAAUAAAAUUGAUGCUCGAAAUAAAAUUAACACCAGUUCAUCUGAAGAUAUUAAAGUGGAUACGCAUACGAUCCGCCUUAAGAAAGGAGCUGGUACGGGCGUAGGUCUCAUACUAGCUGGUGGUAUUGAUUGCGAAGCUAAAGAUGUUACGGUUCAUCGAGUGUUAUCUGACAGCGUAGCUGCGAAGGCUGGUUUGAAGCGAGGCGCUAAAGUAAGAAGCAUCAAUGGCUUUUCCAUGACAGGAUUAACACAUGCUCAGUCUGUCACUGUUCUGAAGGAACAACGUGCGGAAAUUAUAAUUGAAAUUGAGAAUGAGAUUCGAGAAAAAAAUGCAAAUCGUGUGGGAUGCGGCUCUGAAAAAGCGGAGUCGAAGGUCCGUCAUGAGGUUGUCGGUGGGAGCGGCGAGGGCGGAGCGCCGGGUUCCGUGGUGACAGUGAUGUUGGAGAAGGCAGGCGGCGGCGCGGGUCUCGGCUUUGGGCUCGACGGCGGCCGAGACUCGCCGCAGGGUGAUCGCCCGCUUACUAUCAAGAAACUAUUCGCUGGUGGCGCCGCCGCGCAGAGCGGUCGUGUGUUAGUGGGAGCCGAGCUGCUAUCUGCAGGCGGACAAUCUAUGGAAGGAUUCACACGCACACAAGCGUGGGCGGCACUUAAGGCCCUGCCCGCCGGGCCCGUCGCGCUCGUGCUCAGGAACCCGCGAGAUCAAGUGGCUCCUUGAAAUACCAUUGUCAUCGCGACUUGCCGUCAUCAAGUUUCAGAAGAGGCUCGAGUUGGCUGUAUGUAUUCGCCAUUUGUAUUUGGCGAGAGCGUGGAGACAGAAGGGUCGCCCCCGGCUUUAUUAGUUCGGCGACGCGUGAACGCCUCUCGGAAUCCGGUUAGCACUCACUCUAACGAGAGUCAUUUGUCUGCGAACGUUCGCCGAAGGAGAGAAUAAAAAGAUGCUAACUGACACCAUUCAAUUUAGCAAAGUGCGUCUAAAGUAAAGCGGCCCCAAGCGUUUGCUCCUCGUACAAAUACCUACAAUUUGCUCCCUUCAUUAGUUAGUACUUCGGUAGGCUCCUUGUAAAUAAAGUUGUACCAUUUUGCCUCUUACCUAAAUGUAAAGAGUGGCUCAGUGUCUCGUAAGUAAGGACUUUUUUAAGACUGUUCAUUGUGUUAAAAUUGUUAUUUAUUAAUUCGAUUAAAUUAAUACUAGUCUGGACGAUGCGUAAUGUUAUCUAGGCAUAGUGCUUAAAUUAUGAGGAUCAAGCUUUGAUGAAGGAUUUUUUUAUUUGCUGUAAUAAGUGCCAUCUAUGCCUGGAGUGUAUGCCUAUCAUGGUCCAUUGUGCAUAAAAUAUUUAAAAAAACAGCGAAAAUUGUGGAGUAGGUAGGUACCUACCUAACAGUUUUAUUUUACCAUUUACCUGUUAUAAUAAUCUAAAAGAAUAGUUUCAUGAAAGUAAUUUUCGUCCCAGACUUAUUUAUAUGUAUAUGCAUAGAAAGUAAGUACUACAAUAAUCGUUUAAAAUUCGUAGGAAAAUACAAAUUUCGAUCCAUAAAGUGACUUGCCAUGAUUCGUUCGUCUAUUGUAUGUAUGCCUUAUCUUACCACUAAUGUUAUUAGCAUAAGCGUUGUAAAUAUAAAUGUGUUGUUUUUAUUUUAAUGUUUUACACUAAUAACAUUUGUAUUUUGUGGAUUAACAAGUGAUCAACGAGAAUUAUCAGCAAGUAUUUAUGAUUUGAUAUGUACCUAAACUUAUUAUCAUGUAUCGCUCAUAGAAAUAAUAAUAAUAUUUUAAUAAUCA